CCCGUGAGGAUUGCGGACCCAGCCGACCCUCGCCGCCAUGUCGGACGUGCAUGGCCAAACUCCCUCAGAAGGAGCUGAAGCGUAUUACCGCGGUGGUUUCAGGCCUUGGCAAAUGCGGCCGCUGGCACGAGGCUCUGAAAUUGGCGCGGCGCUACCAGGGCGACACGGCUCUGCAGAAUGCAGCCAUGCAAGCAGCAGCCGAGGGGGGCUUAUGGCAAGAGGCAGCUCACAUCUUGCAGCGGAUGAGGUCAGCCGGGCCUUCGCCCGACCUUAUGAGCUUCAGCAGCAUGGUGACGGCCUUCUCACGAGGACAGCAUCUGGCCAGGGCCUUGCACUUCGUGGCCCAGACGCAAGAGGAAGGCUGGUCCAGCGACCUGGUGCCGUUCAGCGCCUUGAUCGGGGCCUGCGCCGCCCAUGCGCGAUGGGAAGAGGCCGUGCAAGGUUUGGGGCGCCUCUCCGGCGAGGCCUCAGCGCCCCUGGCGGCCAGACUGGCGGCCAUCAGCGCCUGCGCCCGCGCCAGGCGCUGGCAGCUGGCCCUGGCGCUGCGAGGCGCAGACAAGGAUGUGCGCCUUUUUGGCGCAGCGGUGCAUGCAGCAGACUGCGGCCGUAACUGGCAGCUGGCUUUGGGCCUGAAGCAAGAGAUGUCCAGCGAACACUUGGCGGUGAACACGGUGGCGAUGAACUCGGUGCUCAGCUGUUUGGCCAAAGCCGGGCGCUGGCAGCUGGUGCUGUGCUUGCUGGAAGACAUGCCAAAGGAGGAGUGCCAACCAGAUGUCAUCACCUUUAACUCGGCCAUCUCAGCCUGCGAGCGCGGCUGGCACUGGCCGGCGGCCCUGCAGCUCUUCACCAAGAUGCGGAAGGACCGGGUGAAGAUCAGCGUUCUGAGCGUGAACGGAUUGCUCAGCGCCUUCGAGAAGGGCCGCAAGUGGCCGGAGGCUCUGGCGCUGCUGCAGCGGAGCGCCCGACGGCGACUGCAGCUUACGCAGGUCUCCUUCAACGCAGCGGCCAGCGCCUGCGAGAAGAGCCUGCAGUGGCGCCGGGCCCUGCUGCUCACGCACCAGGUGCUUCGAGCGCCCGCGCAGGAUCUCAUUGCCACGGCCGUGUCCAUCAGUGCCUGCGAGAAGGGGCUCGCAUGGGAGCUCGCGCUGCAGCUUGCUUCCAGGGUGCCGCAUGACCCCGCCAGCCUCGCCACCGCCUUGGGGGCCGCGGAGAAGGCCUCCCAGUGGCAGCAGGCCAUGGCCAUGCUGCAAAGGCAUGCGCCGGGCGCUCUCGCUUUGGGCGCCGCACACGUGCGCGCGGCGGGGCGCAGCUUGCGCUGGCAGCUGGCCUUCCAUAGCAUCUGGGAGUCGCAGCUGCAGCAGCCCUUCGAUGACAUGGCCUUAAGCGCCGCCUGCAGCGCCGCUGCCGCGACUGCGCGCUGGGAGGCAGCGCUGGCGCUGGCGGACAGCCAUCCGAGGUGCGGCUGCCAAGAGCUGCUGCCCAUCGCGGCAGCGAGCGCAACCGUGGACGCCUGCCAGCGAGCCCGCCAGUGGAGGGCCGCCCUCGCCCUGGCGAAGCCGGCGGGGCUUCUGGGGCUCAUGGCUGCAGCCGCCGUUUGUGAGCGCACGACAUGCCACGAGACUUCCACUCGAAGGUCAUUGGCGCUGAGACUUUGGAAGGCCCUGCUGGCGGAUGAGCUGUGGCCGGCGCAUCUCCGCGGCGUAUCAGUUGGCUACGAGGCAAUGUCAUCGCCACUGCAGUCCUGUGAGCGUGUGUGCUCCGUCAUGAUCAUCCUCAGCGCAGACGCCUUCCAGGACGGCUCUGCGGGUUUACUAGCCCUCCGCCGUGCCUACAUGCCGCUGCGCUUGCGGCUGCUGAACGCCCGGCUACGAGAGGAGGUCGACCAGGUCGAUCCAUGGCUGAGACUCACUGACGGCCUCGGGCCCUUGCGCAGCAAGACGUCUCUUUCUGAGCUCGGCCUGCGUUCGCGAUGAUUCGAAUCGGCUGCGAGGUGUGACUGAAG